AUGGAUGUACUCACCACACCGAAUCGCUUGAGUCCUCUUAAACGGAUGAAAAGGGCGUUGAAGAAGCAAUGGAAAGAUCAAACUGCUGACGAUGAUUCAUCCUCGACAAUACCAGAUGCUCCGCAAUUGAACUUACCACGCGUCGAGACUCGAUUAGAAAUGCACCAAACAAAUGGCUUGUUCGACUCGCUGACCACGGAGCGCCGCGCCGUGUCCAAUCCGAGUGUUCCGACUGAUGAGGCUGCGAACGGAGUCUUGUCGAAGAGCUCGAACGCUGAUACCCCCACGACAGAAUGGACGUCGGCUGUCGGUCAUGCGAGUACGGGAAAAUCAGGCCGUGUGAUUCACAACUUACAAGAAGAGAUUGCGCGGUUAACGAGGGAGCUCAGCCUUUACCGGUCGCGAGCUGAGGAAGCGCAGCACAUUAAUGAAACCUUGAAAGAACAGAUCAUCAACAUCGGUGAACGACUGCGGAAUUCAGAGCAAUCAAAUGAAACCAAUCUUGCGUCAAUUGCUCGCAAGGACCGCAAGCUCGAAGACUUGCGUACCGAAGUUCGAAAUGAAAAGACAAGGCGGCUAAAAGCGGAGGCAGAGACCGCCAAAAUCAACCAGCUCAUGUCUGAGGGGCAAGACGAGUUCCAUCGCAAGUGUGCUGAACUCCAGGAGGUGUCGAAUUACAAUUCUUCGCAGUACGAGGCGCUGUCCAAGGCGUCGUUGAGAGAGAAGUCCGACAUGCAGAGGAAAUUCAAGGCAAUCCGCGACGAAUUGGCCUCUCUCCGCGGGCAAGCCGAGUUGAAAGACAGGGAGCAAGAACGGCUGGAUGCUCUCAUCGACCGGCAGAACCAAGAGCUAGAAACGGAAAGGCGCCGUAUCCAAGAGAUCUUCAACGCUUAUGAUUCGUAUAAGACAUCUCGUGAUCGCGAAUUCGAGGAUCUGGUCACGAAGGGCCGUCAGAACCAAGCAAAUGUUGAUUCUGCGGUGGCCUCGCUGAAGGAGACUGAAGACAAAAUGAAGUGGGUCAUGCAUGUCAAGAAGGACAUCGAGUGGGCUGAAUAG